GAAAAUCUAAAAAUUCCCCCCGAUAUUGAUUUAUCUUCUCAUCCCUUUGUUCGGGAAAAAAUAUUUUUCAAUCAGUCAUCAUUUUCCCUCUCAUUUUUCCCAACCUUUGGAGGGAAAAAGCCGAAAAACCUCCGAACACUCCUAAAACUAAUCCCUGCUCACAUUGGUAAACAAAAUCUAGGGGUUUUGUUCCUCAAAUUCCACUCGUCUCAUUUUAUGAACAAAUUCACCGUUCAAUUUUCUGAUUGCAGGAAAAAGCUCCCGCGAUCGUCAUUUCUCUGAUCUUCGCUCGUUUGGUUCUGUAUCGGAACAGGACAGUUUUUGUUCAGGAUCUGUAAUUUGAAUUGUUACACCGAGCCAAGUUGGUAUUGGAAGUCAUCUUAAGUUGGAGAAGUCUUCCUCAGAGAGAAAUGCAAACAAAGAAAAAAAAUUCUGGAGGAAGUGCUGCUUGUGGGCACGCCAGUCCCAGGGUUUCAAGGGCUCAGCAGAAGCAAAAUGUACAAGGUGUGGAAAAUAAAGUUAAAGACUUGAUUACAUCUACAGCUACAAAACAUAGACUUGCUGGUGCUGUUCCCAAGAAGAAAAAGGAGCCUGUUGUGGCAAUGAAUUUAAAUGCUAAAUAUGAGUUGUUGCGUAAUGAGAUUCCUGAUGUUUGUUUGGGGCAUGAUGUGGUUAGUGGUGCUUCCUUGGAUUGCAAGAGUUGCAAUGAAGACACUGCGAAUUGCAUGAUGGAAACCAUAUUUUCUCCAUCCUUUCACAUUUCUAAACAUGCUGGAGGGGAAAUUGCCAAUGGAGUUGAUUUUGUCAAAUACUUUAGGACUGGAGACCAGAGUCAAGAUCGUGAGACAGAAUACCCCCAGGUUGAUGUGUUGAAUGCUCAUGAAGAAACUUCUGAAUCGCUUAUUGGGGAAGAGAAUAAUUAUCCAGAGCAGACAGUGACCUUCCCUGCAGAUAUGGAUGUAGAUACGAAAACAUCAUCCGAAAUUUUGAAUUCCGAGAGACUUGGAGAUCAGAUGAAUACCAUAGGUAGAAAUGAUAUAGAUUCUUGUUGUCAUGUGGAUUUGGAAGGAGCAAGUCUUUCAUCUGAAGUUUCAGCCAUCUAUCUUGCCAUGAAGAAUUCUAAGCUUGAAUGCAUCGAUGAGCAUGGUCAAGAUUCUAUGUCAGCUGAUGUUUAUGUGGAGGAUGAUCAAUAUGAGGAAUUUGACGACUUCGAUCCUUACGUUUUCAUAAAGAAUUUACCAGACUUGUCAUUAGUUGUUCCGACUUUUCGCCCCAUGCUACUGCCAAAACAAACGCGGAGUUGCCCUCCUACUACUCUUGUUUUGGACUUGGACGAAACUUUGGUGCACUCCACCCUAGAACCUUGUAACGAUGCAGACUUCACGUUUCCUGUAAAUUUUAACCUCCAAGAGCAUACAGUCUAUGUUCGAUGUCGUCCUCAUCUCAGAGAUUUCAUGGAUAGAGUUUCCAGCCUUUUUGAGAUUAUUAUAUUUACAGCUAGUCAAAGCAUUUAUGCAGAACAGCUACUUAAUGUGCUUGAUCCAAAGAGAAAGGUAUUUCGUCAUCGUGUUUACCGCGAGUCCUGUGUUUAUGUGGAUGGGAAUUACCUCAAAGAUUUGUCUGUUCUUGGUCGUGAUCUGGCACAUGUUAUCAUAGUCGACAACUCUCCGCAGGCUUUUGGGUUCCAAGUUGACAAUGGAAUACCGAUUGAAAGCUGGUUUGAUGAUCGCUCGGAUAAAGAACUGCUUGUAUUACUUCCGUUUUUGGAGAGCUUGGUUGGAGUUGAAGACGUUCGGCCAUUGAUUGCAAAGAAAUUCAACCUUCGGGAGAAAGUAGCUGCAGCCGUUUGUCCUCUAAACUUAAGUAGAGGAGAUCCUUUUGAAAGAUGAGCCUCAAUGUGAAUUCCAGUUCUACGUUUCGUUGCCACUUGUGCCAGUUUUUUACCUGUAUCAUUUUAUGAAGUUAGGUUGUGAUUUCAAAAAAGAGGAAGAGAGUAGAUGUGAUCGAGGGUGUAAUCAACAGUUCAAAAACCUUUUUAUACAAGGAAGAUGUCACUCAGUUGUGCUCCGUGGAUAAAUUAGCUUGAGAAUAAAUAGUUUCAACUGUAACUUAUAUGUAAUAUGAUGGAAGGUGAUGAACAUUAUUAUAAUGGAAAAACUUCUUGGCCUUA